CCACCUCCGCCAAUCCACCGGCAACCUCCGCGGCACGCACUCGUGCGCUCUUGACCUACUCUCGACAGUUUCUUAACUCGCGAUGCCCAUGGCGGCGGUACACGCUUACCAAAAUCUCGGUGUAAACCAAAAAUUGACUCAGCUGCAAAAUGCUAGACGUCUCGCACCUGCACCCGUAGAUGCUCGCUGCAAAAAGAGAUCUUAUCUCCAUCAAACCUAUCCCACUCAACCUGCUUCUGUAGCAAGAAGAAACGCAAGAGAAAGGAAUAGAGUGAAACAAGUUAAUAAUGGAUUUGCUGCUCUACGACAACAUAUUCCAUCAGCUGUAACUGCGGCUUUGGCAGGUGGAAGAGGUUCUUCACGAAAAUUAAGCAAAGUGGAUACUUUGAGACUAGCGGUUGAAUACAUAAGAAGCCUUAAACGAUUAUUAGAAGAAAGUGAAGAAGGCUGUAAUGAAGCACAAAUGAGUUUGGGCUUAAGUUCAAAUGGACCUCAAACACCCCCUUUCUCAGAAGAAUCCCAUUCACCUGCACCCUCACUCCAUUCAGAGGGUUCAACAGGUCCAAAUUGUCAAGAUGCUUAUGAUUCCUAUGAACCUAUGAGUCCUGAAGAUGAAGAAUUAUUAGAUGUUAUAUCAUGGUGGCAACAGCAAUGAUUUAAGGUAUUAUGGCCAUACGGAUCAAAGUGCUGUCACUCAGCGGCUUAGUGAUUGUGAAAAAAGGAAUUCCCUUCGAGUCGCGAAGAAUCGGAAUGAUGAAGGAGAGAACCUCUAAUUAGCGCAAUCAGUAUAUUCCUAAUGCGAAGGAUAAUCAUGGAAUAUGCCGAACCCAUCUAUGCAUUCCCAGCAACCGAGCAAUCGAACUCAGUUUCAUACAUGAAUGAGAUAGUAUCAAGACUGAAUUGUAAAUCCUUCCAUUUAAGCAUUUAACUGUAUCGUAGAAGACUUGAACACGCUGUGCCUUGUAAUAUUAUCUUAAGCUUCCAAUUAUAUACAGAUAUGGUUAAGUUUUAAUGUUCCAUCUAGUCAUUAGUUAUUAUUAUAGAUUUAUGUCACGCAUAGUUAACAGAGCUAAGUUUAUUUAGAGCAAAUACACAUCAUUCACUUAAAUCGUAGAGAUUCAAAAAUGUGUUAUACUUAACAUUAACGUUUAUUAUGUUGAGACAAAGACUUAAUGUAUAUAGAUAAAUGUAGCACCUUAAGAAAGAUUCCUAAUAACUUAAGAUUUUUUAAAGUAUUUGUUGAAAAAACCCCUCGGCAAAUGGCUGCGAGGUUAACAUUGUAAAUAUAUUACAUAAAAUAUUUAAAAAGAAUAA